AUGGCGUCAAUCAUCCCCGAAGAAGCCGCCACGCCUCGAUCUAGAGGUGGAGGAGGGGGCGGCGCAGCAUCUCCCAAGACGACCUCCUCCUCCUCCACCACCUCUACCAAUCAUCACCAGCAGAGGUCUUCCCGGAUAGAGCAUCUGCUGCAAGGCCUCGAGCAGGACGUCGCUGUCCUGGAGACGCGGACGCGGCGGCGGCAUGCAGCAGAAGCAGAAGCAGUAGUAGCACGACGCUCGACAACGAUCGCACCCCGAUGGGUUGAUGAUGAUGGUGAUGAUUAUUACCCCCCGGGUUUUUCUUUCCCAUCGCACGGCAGCUCGGCUCCGUUCUUGGAGAGGGUGGUUUCGAUAGCAGAUGCGAGUAUGAUCAGGUUUGGAGCUCGUGAUGAUAGAGACACGGGUAGGGGUAUGGGUAGGUGUAGAGGUAGGGGUGAGGGCAAACAGAAGGCGGAUGAAGAUGAGGAUGCAGACGAAGAUGAGGAUGUCUACGAUCCCAACUCGCCGUUGCUGAAAACAUAUCCGGAAACGGGUUCCGGGCUGUUGUAUAACGCAGAUCGAUCCUGGAGCCGUGCCGCCGAGCACGAGCACGAGCACGACGACAUGGACCGGGUCUGGGAGGAGGGUGCGUUUGAGGAGGUUGAUAGUGCGUUUGAAGAGGAGGUAGAUGUCGCUGUCGAUGUCGCUGUUGAUGAUGGAGGAGAGCAGCAGCGGCGGGAUGAUGGCGCCGUGGGCAAGAGCUCGGUGGGGUUCUGGGCGCAGAUUGUUGAUGUUAGAUCGGGAAGUGGCGAUUUACGGGGAUGGGCUAGUGGAAGUACGCAGAGUGCGGAAAGGGCUUGCAGGCAGCCGCAGCAGGGAGAGUUGUUGUUGUCGAGGUUGGAAGUGAAACGGGAUUGCGGAUUCGAGAUGGUCCGAGGGGGUUCGGGCACGACGGAGCAGUCGAUGGUGAGGGAUCCGGCUUUUGGGUCGGUGGCUGCUGGAGAGAGGGGCGGGGGUUUGGGAGGGUCCGACGGCGAUGGGGAUGGGGGACUGGUUUAUAGUCCGGAGGUGGAUGUGGAUAUGGAUGAUGGUGAGGAUGAGGAUGAGAAUGAGGUCGAGAUGCAAGAUUGGGAUGCGCAUUCUUCUCACAGGGACGAUGAUUUUAAGCCGAUGGGCAAACGUAAUAUGAAUCCAGUGGUGGUCGACGGCGAGUGGGAAGAUAGCGCUGGGGAUGCCAGUGAUCUUUUCGAGGAGGACGAUAUGCACGACGAAAAUGAAGCUUCAGACGACAACCGCUUGGAAUUCAUCGAAGUUGAAGAAGCAAAUCAGCAGCGUCCCAGCUCGCCACAGACACAGACACCCACACCAGGAAUUCCAACACCAUCGCAAACUUUGCAGUGGCCCUCGGACCGCAACACCCGCGCCCCCGGCAGCCACAGACCCGGCUCCAUCCCCGACCUCACCCCCGACAUUCCAGAUUCCUCCCGCGGGGAAUCCGGACAUCGUCCAAGCUGGUCGGGACACGAGAUCUCUUCCAUCCCGGGACUCUCACUCGCGCGCUGCAUCACGGAGGAUGCGGAAGGUCCGGCAGUUAGGACGGAAAGCCGGCCGAGACGCGAGGGGCGCGGUGGUGCAGACGACGAGAUGGUGUGUCCCGCGGGAAGGACAAGGGAAGAGGGUGCUGGGGGGUGGGAGGAUGGCGACGAUGAUGGUGAGGGUGAUAGUGAUGGUGCUGUCUUUAAGGAGAGGGGAGAAGGUAGUGAAGACAAAGAUCAGGAUGAGCUGGCAAAUGAGACGAGACUACCCACGCAGAAUUCCGCACUUCCGGCACGCUUCACGAUCCCCGCGCAGGCAGCCGCAGAGCUAGAAGAAAUCGAUGCAGCUGAGAGAGGGGGCGACGAAGGUCCACUGCCAUCGCAGCAGCAGGAUUUCGAGGAUGUGCGUGAGUAUGAAAUUGCAAAGGUGGACCAGGAUCAGAUUCUGAGGGAGCUGGAUGGGGAUGGGGAUAGGGAUAGGGGGAUGAAUAAGGCGGACAUUCCAUAA